CCCGGGGCGGUCACACCUCUGCCGCCCUCGCUGGCAGCGAACAGCUUGCCCUGCUCUGCUCCCAUGUGUGCGAGCACCUCAAACAAACCCCCCGGGCCGCCUGACUCAGCGCUUUAUCAGGGGCCGAGCGGCAAAAUGCGGCUGUCGUCCAGCGCAGCCCGUGCGCGGGGUUUGUGCCGCUGAGGGCUCAGCUGAUCCCUCCCUGCCAGGCGCAGCCCGGAGCCUCCCGGCGGCAGCAGCAGCCACGGCCGCUUCCCUUCUGUAUCCUUAAGAAGGCUCCCAAAAGGAUGGCAUCCCUGAUGGAGCUGAAGGAGAUCUUCCGCAGCGCCGACGCCGUGUGCUUCGACGUGGACAGCACCGUCAUCAGGGAGGAGGGCAUCGACGAGCUGGCCAAGUUCUGCGGGGUCGGGGACGCCGUGGCAGAGAUGACCCGCAGAGCCAUGGGUGGCACUGUGACAUUCAAGGCAGCUCUCACAGCACGGUUAGGUCUCAUCAGGCCCUCCUAUGAACAAGUGCAGAAAUUAAUAUCUGACAACCCACCUCAGCUAACUCCAGGAAUAAGGGAGCUGGUGAGCAGACUCCACCAACGAGGGGUUCAGGUGUUCCUGGUCUCGGGGGGCUUUCAGAGCAUUGUGGAACACGUGGCCCUGCAGCUGAACAUCCCCACAGCAAACGUCUUUGCCAACAGGCUCAAAUUCUACUUCAACGGAGAAUAUGCAGGAUUUGAUGAAACACAACCAACAGCUGAAUCAGGGGGGAAAGGAAAGGUUAUCACUCAUCUGAAAGAACAGUUCCAUUUCAAGAAAGUGGUUAUGAUUGGAGAUGGAGCUACAGACAUGGAAGCCUGCCCUCCUGGAGAUUGCUUCAUUGGAUUUGGAGGCAAUGUGGUCAGAAAGCAAGUGAAGGAGAAAGCCAAGUGGUACAUCACCCACUUUGAUGAACUGCUAAAGGAGCUGGAAGAGCGAUAAAUCCUCCUGUAAAAUAAUCUAUUUAACACCUGUAAAUCCAUUAUACAAUGCCAUUAAACAUUUAUUUGUUUGCAAA